GACGAAUUUUCCUGGUUGGCUGUACACAAGGAUUGCCUUUGACAACUAUUUUCAGUUUUUUAGUAAAAAAGUCAAGUUUGACAGCUCGCUCAAUGCAUUUUACAUUCAUUGAUCUGAAAAACUAAUUGUAAGAAAAUAAUGGCAAAACAACCAGGGAAAAUAUAUUUAGGCUAUGAAGAUGAAGCAGUUGUUGACAAAAAUCAAACAUUAUUGAACUACACUGUGAAUAAAAUCGGUGGACUGCCUGACUGGCCACCAAUAGAAAAUCUGCAGAUAUCUACAAAAUGCCCUCUUUGUGGGUUACACAGGCUGCUCAUUGUACAAUGCUAUGCGCCGCUCGAAAAUUCAGUUUAUCACCGUACUUUGUAUGUUUUCGCGUGUAUAAAUCCUAAUUGUUGGAUUCAGUCUGAAAGUUGGUUAUGUGUUCGAAGUCAGUACCAAGAUAAUUCUUCAAAGGAGUCAAAGGCAAUUGUUGCUAUACCCAGUGCUGAUACUAACCUGUCUUGGUGUCAAGGUGCUGAUGAGUGGGAUGAGAAUGACAAUGAUACUGCCAACGGGAAUGUUAUGAAUAUUGAUAACGCCCCAAGCCCCAACAAUGCCUUACAAAGGAAUUCGGAUGAAGAUGAGGAAAGCAAUUCAUAUGAAUUAGAAAAUGUGGAACAAGCUUUUGGCAAUCUUCAAGUAUUUGAUGCUCACAAUGCCAAUAUGUCACCAAUCCAAGGUGCCAUGGGUGCGAUUGGAGCACCUGUAGCUGCAGCAGAAUUGGAGGGAGGAGAUGAACCAGGGCUGGUUACCGUGGAUACGCCUACAGCACCCAACAAUGAUGUUGAGGCUUUGCUGCAGCAAACCUCGGAGCUGCCUCCUGACUUAAGAAGUCGACUGAUGUGUGGACCAUUACAAUUUGUGCCAAAAUUUAUAUAUGUUGAAGAAGAAUGGAAGAAAUCAUUGGGCAAUGAUGACAGGGCCAAUGAAUUGCUCAAUAAGUAUAAGAUGGAAAAUGAAAUAGAUGUAUGUGGAGGUGACCGUGCUGGGGCUGGCGGAGGAUCUGAUGACGAACCUUAUGAGGAAGCUGCUCCAUUACAUGGUGACAGAUUAUUUCAUGCCUUUUUAACUCGGCUGCGCAAUCAUCCUGGACAAAUACUAAGGUACUCGAGGGAUGAGCCUCCUAUACUUGGAGCUCCGUUGCCAAGCAACGCCAGUACUCCUGAGUCACCAUGUGUGCCAACUAUCUGCACGCGCUGCGGCGCAAGACUGUGCUGCGAAUUACAAUUAGUACCAGAGUUUGCUGAAACUCUUCGCAUAGUGCCCAUCAACGCGUCACUUUCACAUCUACACUUCCUUUCUGUCCUGAUAUUUACUUGCUCUCAAAGCUGCUGGCAAUCCUCCGAUACAUUUGUAAAAGAAUUUGUUGUCUUUCAACCAGAAGUUGUCUAAAAUUUUAAUUAAUUUAUUAAAACAUUGUUUUUGUUGCAUUUUGUUUGUAUGUUAGCAAUAUUUACAUUUAUAUUUUUGCUUACUUAUUAUAAUCUCGUCAACAUGUGGACACUUGAUUUUAGAAUAUUGUUACUGAUCUUGCAAUUUUAGAAAUACACAUUUCAAUAUUUUUGCUGUUUACUAUAAUUGUUGUGCUGUGAUGUUGAAAUUUCCACUAGGAUAUAAUAUGAAAAAACAUUAAGUUUAUAAUCGCUUUGGAAAAUCAAGAAUUAUUAUAUCGAAUUCUGCUUAUUGAAUUACAGAAAUCUUUAUUUAUUGUAUGUGUAUAUAUUCAAAGAUUUUAAGCCUGUAUUUUAAGAUUACAAUUUGUUAUAUUUUUUCAUUAUUCAUGUCUAUUUCACGUAAUCUUUUAUAAUUUCACAAAAAAUUACUUCAAAGAUAUCUUUAUAAUCUUUCUAUCCUAGCAUUUUUGUUAAUAAAAAGUAAUAGAAUUGAAUGUUAGUAGCAUAGAAAUAAUGUGUACUUAUCUCAUGGAUAAUUAUCCUUAAAUGUCCAUUAAUAACUGCCAGAUAGAGGUGAUAAAAGAGUGUUAUUAUAUAAGUAUAAUUAAAAAGUAUGCGCCUUGACUAUUAUAGGUCUUUAUUAUCAGCUGCUUAAGAGUUUAUUUAUUUUAAACUGUUUUGAUGGUUGUUGGAUACCUUUGUGGAAUUAUUUUAACCCAAAUCUAAUGAAGGGUUCUGCAAUAGUUUAUAAAACUCACCAAAUCGAUACCAGACUAUGUAUUGUUAAGUCUUUAUGAAAUGACAUUAUUUGUAUGUAUGAUAACAUAUAAUUUAUUUAUACUUAUUGCUGCAAUUAUAGUAUAAGAAAGUAGUGAUUUUGA